AUUCAAUUUUCUUUUGAUAUAAAAAAUGGCGUCGUAUGGAGGUGGGUUUGAAUGACGCCUCAAUUGGCUGGUAUAAAACGAAGAUAGCUUUCUGAAGUGACAGUGCAGUGAAAAAAUGAAUUUCCCAUACUCGUGUAUUUUUUUUGACGAAAUGUUAGAACUUGUCAAAUGCAAAUAAAAGACAAAAUAUGCUAUGCUGUGGCGAUUGUCGACGACAUGUCGGCAAUCUAAUAAAAAGUACAGAGCGGGUGUCAGCAAUAGCAUUCGUCGCCUGUCUAUGUGUGCUGAUUACAGAUGGACAAGUGAUACCACAGCAGGAUGAAGGAUUUGAUUUCAAAAUAUCAGAAGUAAAAAAUGAAUACAUAGUAACGUUUAAUGGAUACUACUCAACUGAAGAGAGAGCAAAGUUCAUGAAGAAUGCCUUAGUUAAUGUCUCAACAAAUUGGAAAGAGAUAGCUAGAGACAACCCUGCUAGUGGGUUCCCUAGUGAUUUCAGUCUUGUUGAGUUUGCUCAUGAAGCCCCAUUAAUGAUCAAAGCUCUUUACAAGAGUGAAAAAGUGAAGCAUGUUUCACCCCAGAAGAAGGUCACAAGAAUGCUUUUGAAAACAACCCACACACCAGAUGAUACACAGAAUGAUGAAAACACAAAAGCCUUUAACACACCAGACUGUGAGCCUGGUACUGAAGGAUGUGAUUAUCCUAAAUGGUUCCCAAGGAAACUUAAGAGGUCAAGUAUUGAGCAGUUAUCUGCAGACCAAGUACUUGGCCAUAAAUCUCGAAAGUUGUUAAGAACAUUUCCCAGACAGAUAACCCAGACAAUGCAAGCAAAUAUACUUUGGGGAAUGGGCCACCAUGGGAAAGGAGUCAAAGUUGCUGUUUUUGAUACUGGGCUGCCUAAAGGUCAUCCCCAUUUUAAAAAUGUGAAAGACAGGACAAAUUGGACUGGAGAAAAAACAUUGGAUGAUGGUUUGGGCCAUGGCACCUUUGUUGCUGGUGUUAUUGCAAGCAGCAAAGAAUGUCUUGGAUUUGCACCAGAUGCAGAUUUGUACAUAUUCAGGGUUUUUACAAACAGUCAGGCUUCAUAUACUUCUUGGUUUUUGGAUGCUUUUAACUAUGCAAUAUUCAGCAAAGUUCAUGUUUUGAAUCUGAGUAUUGGAGGUCCAGAUUUCAUGGACAGGCCUUUUGUAGAUAAAGUAUGGGAAUUAACAGCCAAUAAUAUAAUUAUGGUGUCUGCAAUUGGAAAUGAUGGUCCUCUUUAUGGGACUCUUAACAAUCCUGCAGAUCAAAUGGAUGUCAUUGGUGUCGGUGGCAUCGACUUCGAUGAUCAAAUCGCCAAGUUUUCUUCAAGAGGAAUGACCACUUGGGAACUUCCAGGGGGAUACGGACGUGUCAAACCAGACAUUGUGACGUAUGGAUCAUCAGUGCGAGGCAGCAAUAUUAAAGGAGGCUGCAGAUCAUUGUCUGGCACAAGUGUCGCUUCUCCCGUUGUUGCUGGUGCAGUCACACUGCUGGUUAGCUCUGUUCUUGCCAAGGGUAUAAAUAUCAACCCAGCCAGUGUUAAACAGUCGCUGCUACGAUCAGCAAAGAAACUGCCCAGUUUCAAUAUUUUUGAGCAAGGCCAUGGUAAACUCGACCUUUUAAAGGCUUACCAAACCCUGAGCACUUACAAGCCGCAUGCUUCACUUAUCCCAAGCUCAAUUGACCUGACCGAUUGUCCUUACAUGUGGCCAUUUUGCACCCAGCCAUUAUACUACGGAGCUAUGCCUGUUGUCAUCAAUGCAACUAUUUUAAAUGGAAUGGGCAUUACAGGCAAAGUCAAAGGGAAGCCCGUUUGGCAACCAUUUUCCCUUCAACACGGAGAAAUGAUUGAGGUCGGAUUUACUUACUCAGAACUCCUUUGGCCCUGGUCUGGUUUCAUCGCCAUUUUUAUUUCAGUGUCAAAAAAGGCGGCUGACUGGGAAGGAACAGCUCAAGGCCAAUUUAUCUUGACCAUUGUCUCACCCGGAAAGGAGGAGAAUGAAGAGCCAGUCGAGUCGAUAAUCAAAGUACCAAUAAAGGUCAAGGUGAUUCCAACACCACCUCGAAGCAAAAGAAUUCUUUGGGAUCAAUACCACAAUCUGCGGUACCCCGCGGGUUAUUUUCCACGUGAUAACUUAAGAAUGAAAAACGACCCGUUAGAUUGGAAUGGCGACCAUAUUCAUACAAAUUUCAGAGAUCUUUAUACGCACCUGAGAAAAUUUGGCUAUUUCAUCGAAGUGCUUGGGUCUCCUUUCACUUGUUUUGAUGCCAAGCAGUAUGGUACGUUAUUACUGGUAGACAGUGAAGAGGAAUAUUUCCCGGAAGAAAUAAUCAAGCUUAAACACGAUAUAUUUCAUCAUAAAUUAUCUGUUAUUGUGUUCGGUGAGUGGUACAACAACGAGGUUAUGAAGAAGAUCAAGUUUUACGACGAAAACACGAGACAAUGGUGGUUGCCUGACACUGGUGGAGCCAAUAUACCUGCGUUGAAUGAUCUUAUGAAAUCAUGGGGAGUUCAGUUUAGUAACAGAAUUUUUGAAGGCAAAUUCACUCUUGACGGGAAAGAAGUUCCAUACACAUCCGGAACAAGCUUGGCACAGUUUCCUGACAAGGGUAUUGUUAUUUACGCUGAGAAAUUAAGCGACCAAAAAGGAGCUGUUCUGACUGGGAAUCUUAAGGAUGAAAAUGAUGUACCCGUCCUAGGCCUCUAUCACCCGACUGCAAUUAAUGCAGGCCGGAUUUCAGUGUUUGGUGACUCUAAUUGCCUGGACAGUGCCCAUAUGGAAAAAGAUUGUUUCUGGCUGCUUGAUAUGCUCUUGGAGUUCUCAGCAACUGGAAUAAUUCCCAGCGUCUUGCUAGAUGCUGCAGGGCCCCCGCUUACAGAUACAAAAGCAAAGUCGUCACCGGAAAGGAUGUAUGGUACAAAACUUCACAAGCAUUCAAAAGUUCUGGAUCCAUUAAAAGCCGGUGUUUUCAAAACACGUCCACUUCCUCCUUGUCCAUCUUUGAAGUGGGCAGUCUCUCAUCCAGUGAACAUGACAGCACCUCCAAAUAUAGUUUUAGGAUCACAAAAGCUUCCAGUAAUCAAGCACGGCCAGAAGAACCUACUUGAUUUCAAUGAUGAGCAGACACUGACCAUUUACAAAGACAGUGAGAAUGCAGACUUCAAAAUUAUAAACGGACUUUUACUAACUUUACCAGCAUAUGUAGCCCUGCUCGGUAUUGUAUUCUUUCUAUUAUGUAUCGUUGCGCGGAGGUUCAGGCGAAAGCCAAGAAAUAUUCUUGUAAGGGUAGGUCGACAAAUUAGGAAAUUUUAAAUUGUAAAUAGGUUUAGUAAUGUAGAAGAAGUAUUAGAAGAUUGAUUCAAAAAAUUC